CAUAGCUACCGUUCCCUUGCUUUCACUGGAGAUCCCCAACGUCGGAGGUGGACUCAACAUAGCACAGAGCCAUGGCAGAAAACGCCGGCUUGGAAAACCAUCGCAUCAAGAGCUUCAAAAACAAGGGACGUGAUGUCGAGACUAUGAGAAGACAUCGAAACGAAGUAACAGUGGAGCUGAGAAAGAGCAAACGAGAUGAACAUCUCCUGAAGAAGAGGAACGUUCCUCAGGACGAGUCUCUGGAGGACUCCGACGUCGACUCUGACUUCAAAGGGCAGAAUAUUACACUUGAAGCCAUCUUACAGCUGAAGAAUGCCACCAGUGACAAUGCUGGGGUCCAGCUUAGUGCAGUACAGGCUGCGAGAAAGCUCCUCUCCAGCGACAGAAACCCCCCCAUCGACGACCUGAUCAAGUCUGGAAUCCUGCCCAUCCUGGUCAAGUGUCUGGAGAGGGACGACAAUCCAUCCCUCCAGUUCGAGGCGGCCUGGGCCCUGACCAACAUAGCCUCUGGCACAUCACAACAGACGCAGGCCGUGGUCAAAUCCAAUGCAGUCCCCCUGUUUCUGAGGCUGCUCCACUCCCCCCACCAGAAUGUGUGUGAACAAGCCGUAUGGGCGCUAGGCAACAUCAUUGGUGACGGGCCCCAGUGCAGGGACUACGUGAUCUCCCUGGGCGUGGUCAAGCCUCUUCUGUCCUUCAUCAACCCCUCCAUCCCCAUCACCUUCCUCCGCAACGUCACCUGGGUCAUCGUCAACCUCUGCCGCAACAAGGACCCCCCGCCCCCCAUGGAGACAGUCCAGGAGAUCCUGCCAGCCCUGUGUGUUCUUAUAUACCACACUGACAUCAAUAUCCUGGUGGACACGGUGUGGGCUCUGUCCUACCUUACGGACGGGGGGAACGAGCAGAUCCAGAUGGUGAUCGACUCAGGCGUGGUGCCCUUCCUGGUGCCCCUGCUCAGCCACCAGGAGGUCAAAGUUCAGACGGCAGCUCUGAGGGCGGUGGGGAACAUAGUGACGGGGACGGACGAGCAGACCCAGGUGGUGCUCAACUGUGACGUCCUCUCCCACUUCUCCAACCUGCUCACACACCCCAAGGAGAAGAUCAACAAGGAAGCGGUGUGGUUCCUGUCCAAUAUCACGGCUGGGAACCAGCAGCAGGUUCAGGCUGUUAUUGAUGCCGGACUCAUCCCCAUGAUCAUCAACCAGCUAGCCAAGGGGGACUUUGGGACCCAGAAGGAGGCAGCCUGGGCCAUCAGCAACCUCACCAUCAGUGGGAGGAAAGACCAGGUGGAGUACCUGGUGGAGCAGAACGUGAUCCCUCCAUUCUGCAGCCUGCUGGCCGUGAAGGACUCCCAGGUGGUGCAGGUGGUGCUGGACGGCCUGAAGAACGUCCUCAUCAUGGCUGGAGAGGAGGCCAGCACCAUCGCUGAGAUCAUCGAGGAGUGUGGAGGUCUUGAGAAGAUUGAGAAUCUUCAGCAGCACGAGAACGAGGACAUCUACAAACUAGCUUUUGAGAUCAUAGACCAGUACUUUUCAGGAGAUGAUAUUGAUGAGGAUCCCAGUUUGAUCCCUGAGGCCACUCAAGGAGGAACCUUCAACUUUGACUCCGCCCCCAACAUGCAAACAAAGGAGUUCAAUUUUUAGUAGCCGGGCUCUGAUUCGUUCUACCAGCUGCACGGUCACUUUCUAACCAUCACUGACAUUCAUCCAUCCCCCUCCUCCCAACCUGGCAACCUGGUACCCAAGGAUCAACUCCAACCUGGCAACCUGGUACCCAAGGAUCAACUCCACAAGUCUUUAAUAUGGAAUGGAAACUAUCGAAGGAUUCACCACCACCACCACCACAAUAAGCAACCACCAACACAUCGAGGAGUCUAAAAUUCACCCCUCACCUCAACAUGACAACUGUAUUUUGGAGUCCUGCUCAUCCAUCAAGCACCUCUACAAAUCUGGCAACCGGUGAGGGCAGGAUUUUCAUCAUGAAAAUCAAUAGUAAGGGAUAAGAGCCUGUUUGGGCUAUAGUUUGGAAUUGCCAAACACACUCGCGCGCACACUCACUUGCACACAUGCAUUCAGUUUGACAGUUAAGGAGAAUUUGUGUGCAUUGUUGUUUUAGGAGCCUUCAUAUCACAUUUGGGGAAAGGAAUACUGCCGUUUGUUUGUAGUUUUAUUUUUGUGCUUUCCCUCCCAUGGAUGUUCCCUGGUGUUGUCACACACGUGCGCACGUGCGCACACACACACGUGCGCUCACACACACAGGCACACGCACACAGGCACAAACACACAUGCAACCAGGCACAUACACAGGCACAAGUUUGCCAGACACCUCAUAAACUCUUUCACCCCCCCCCCCCCCCCCCCCCAGAGCUAAGCCAUGAAUUACCACGGAAACCUGUUGCCCUUCUCAUGGAGUCCUGGACCAAGGGAAGGGGCGGGGCUUCAGCAGGAAGUGAUUUCUGUGUGGACAGACUGACAGACAUUUUACGACUUGAUGUCACUUUUUUCUUUUAUUUUUUUCUCAUGAUUUCCAUUGGAUUAUCUCGGAUUAUCAUGCUUAAUGAUUUGUAUGUAUCAAAGGAGAAAUUAUCCAAAAAAUGUGGGGAAAAUUCCACAAAAUUACAAACAUUUUGCAAAAGUAGUCCUGGGAGAUUUAACCAGAUGUAAAUUUUGCUCUAAUUCAGGGGAGAGCAAAAACAAAAAAGCUUCAUUGUUGUGAAAACGUGUCAACCUGCAGAGGGAGGAACACUUAAGACAAGAGGAACAUCUCGGCUGCAGCCAUUUCUCCCAGAGGACAUAAUACACUGCGACACAAGUACUGUCACAUCCUGUGAAUUCAGGUGGUGAUGUCACUGCUUUCAUCUCCAGCAUUGUCAAGGGAAACUUAACCUGAACAAUUGAACACAAGAAAAGUCAAACAGAAGCCAAUUAGUUUCACUUAUCUGAUCCAUCAUUUUUCUUUUAGCAUUUCUUUUAGCAAAUUUUAUUUUAUUCCUCCCUACCUUUCUCAACAAAAAUGUAUUUUAUAUAAAGAAGGAAUAAACAAUUUGGCUUCUGGUUCAGGCUAUAGAGCUUCCAUGUUGGCAUAUGUUUUUAUUUUGACCAUUAUUUUGUGUGUUCUUCAGUCUUAUGCACAUUUUUGAGGAGAUCCUGGGUCUGUUCUGUAGAGAGAGACCAGCCCUCCAACUGAAGACUCAAAUAAGAGGACUAGUUGACCUAAAGUACUUAACUUUCAUUUUUCAUUUUAUAUUUUUCUUUUUUCCUAAUAGGUCACGUUUCUUCAUCAACACGAGUAACUGUACAAAAAAAUGCAAUGUGUCUCAGUGCUGUCAUGAGAAUAUGGAAAUAUAAAUAUGGAAAUAUACUUAUAACAGACAGUGUUGGGCUGGAUUCCUCAGAACCAGAACCCAUUUACUGUCAUGAUGGACGGGGAAAUGUUCUUUAGUAGCUUAAAGAUUUUUUUUUAUAUAUAUAUAUAAUUAUUUUUAUUUUUUUCAAACAUGCAUUUAAUGUAUAGUGAUGAUGACAAGUUAAUGAAUUCGGAGAUCUAGUUGUGGUAACGGUGUCCCUGCUGUUUUAAUGUACCGUCCCAGUGGGUGUCUCCUCUGCAGAGUCGUCGUCCCCCCGGCCUCUUGUAGACCAACAAUCCUCUGUUUGGCUGCUGUUAACUACUGAGCGAUGGGUAGGGCAGGGGGCUGGAGGUGGGCUCAGGAAAGAGGGGCAGAGCAGGGUUCUGGGAGCAGCCAAGGCUUGUUAAUCUGGAGGUCCGCUUGUUGAUGUUUUAUGAACAAAAUCAUAUGGCAGGGUGGGCAGGGGGUUGUACAGUUCUGAGGGUCUAGCCUAGCACCCUAGGACAGAGCCACUUUAAAGAUUCACAAUUUCUUUGUCUUGUAUCUGUAACCGAUACAAGCUAAUGUUUGUUGCAAGAUUUUACUUGCAGAAGAAAAGAAAAAAAGUUUGUUUUUAAAUAAAAGCAUAAGAAAUGCAACAGCGUUCUGGCCGCAGAUUGUUUAUAUCUUUUUAUAAAUUUUAAGAUUGAAUUCUUCUCUUUAAAGUGGCUCACUGAUGCGUUCAACUCCUGUGCAUAUUAAAGACAAGAAUGAGUUGAAAUUCAUUGUGCCUUUUGUUUUUCAUUUCUUAAAAAAAAAAAGUCAAGAGAACCAAACUUUUUUUCUCAAAGGACAAACAAACAAACUAACGGAAGCAAUGAAAUGCUUAGAGCAAACUGAGUAUUUUACAAAUGGGGGAUGUACUUUCAUGUGGUCACUCUGUCACUGGAGCUGAAGCCACGUGAUUGGUCAAUGCUGCUCUCUGCUGUGGAGUUAUUGUUCUCCUGUCGUAUUUACCAAACGUUGUAACCUAUUAUGACAUCACAACUGCUCCUUGCAACCAUAACCCAUAGUAACACCUUCACAAGCCACACUGGUCAUCAUCACCAUAAUUCUUCCAAUCAGGGGAUUUUGAUGACAUCAUUUCCUCCCAUGGCCUCGCCCUCAGGACAUUGGUCUCUGUAUUACUGAUCCUAACCAAAAUAAACUUGCUGUUAGCCGUUGGAUCCA